AGGCAGAGCUCGGUGUCAAAGCACGGUGCGCGGAUCGCAGAACCCUUCAGAGAGAGAAUUAUUACAUAUAUGGUGCAUUUCUCCGUGGACUUUCUGCACAACAAUCACUGUUUGAGUUAUCAGAGUAAAGCAGUCUACGAGGAAAAAAAAAACAUGUGCAACACAGAGGAGAGUUGUGCCGUGCUUGGCUCGAGGCAGCGGGCUCCAGGGCCUCUGUGGUGCUCCGAUGCCCCUCUCCCACUAACGAAGAUCCCGGGUGGGCGAGGGACGGGCAGGGAUCUCCCUCACAGCGUACUUCACAAAGACGACAAGCUGACAGUGACUCAGGCGGGAUCAGUAAGUGGAGCGCCCCCAGUCCUGCACUUCCAGUACCAGUUGAGCGAGCGUCGAAUCUCCAGCUGGGACACGGUUCUUUCAGACGAUGCCCUCUACCUGGAAAUCCCCGCCGGAGCUCUCCACAAUGGCAGCAAAGAAGGUUUCACCAGGCUUCUGGAGUUUGCAGAGGAGCAGUUGAAAGUCAGCUAUGUGUUCCUGUGGCUUCACAAAAACAGAGACGACCGAUUGUCCAUCAUGAAGACCUUCCACUACAUGGGUUUUGAAGUGGUGAAACCGGGUCACCCGCUGGUGCCGGCCCGGCCCGAUCUUCUCUUUAUGGUCUAUUCCAUAGACAGCAGCAGUUCUGAUGAAGAGUGACCAUCACACUCUUAAAAUGCCCCCACCCCUCUUGCUCCCCCGUCUCUGUUCCCCCUUUAUACCUCUGCAUCAAAAUGACUUUUAGGACAGGGGAAGGGGCAAAGCUGGGCCAUCUAACACUCUGAUUGGUUCAGUU